UUAAUAGCAAAUCUCCAAACAAAUAAUUUCAAAUUUAAACUCAAGUCUCAAGUAAUUAUAUUGUUACUUUAAAAUAUUGUGUUUUUUGGUUAAUGAAUUAAUUUAAACAGUGUGUGCGCCGUAUGCUUAAAUGGUAAAUGCUCGUAAUAAACAGAGUGGUCCAUUAAUAAUAUUAUCAUUCUUUAAAAUAAAGCAUGGCUUUUCUUUAUGAAGAAGAUGUCAUCAGCGAUAUUGAAAAUGUCGUAAAAGAAAGGCUUGCUGUUUCUUUGCAAAACGACUACGUAUCAGAUGAUAAGACUGAUCAGCGCAAUGAUAGUGUGGAUGUAGACGGAGUAAACUUAACAAAGUUAAAAGCUAUUGCCGAACCCUUGUAUGAGAUAUCACUCCGGGCAAAGCAAGAAGCUGCAGCUACAGAAGCAGAGGAAUCUCAUAAUCUUAGUACAGAAAAGCUAGGCAAUAAAACUAAAGAUGAUCCUUUACAUGAAAUAUCACUCCAGGCAGAGCAAGAAGCUGCUGAGAACUAUAAAAAAUUUACAUCAGAGGAACUUGAUCAAAGUUAUUUCAUGCCAAAAAAAUUAAUUAAAAAUGCAAUGCGCUAUGUAAAUCAAGUGCAAUCUGAGCACUACUCAAUCCUUAAAAAAUGUAGACAGACUUUAUUGGACAAACAAUUAUCUACAGUCAUUAUAAGAAGCAGAAAAAGAAUAGAUACAACACAUGGUUGUGUUCAUUGGAGAGUAAGAUUUUUAAAGGCAAUUAACACAGCCAUAUAUUCACAUGAUUGGAAUAAAUUAUUGUAUAUUUUAAAAAAAUCGCCAAUAGAUGAACACAUUAAUAAAAAGACGGAAUAUCAUUAUAUUAGAGCACUAACAAUUCUGUUAAUGAACCAUCCUUAUGCAAAAUCACAAUCUUUAUUAAAUCAUUAUUUUCACAUGGUCCUGUCCUGUCGCUCUGACCAAGAUAAAAAAGCCUUAUAUAAAGUACUGCUCACAAUGCCAGAUAAACUAAUGGGAUUUAACGUCUACAAUAGAUUGCACAACAAAAUGAAUGAUAAUGAAGAAUCUAUAGGAAAUGUAUCUAAAAAUCAAAAUGAUUUAACCAAAACUCUGGAAUAAUACAUCUAAAUAUCAGAAAAUGUGAAUAACUUCUAGAAAAAAUAUAAAUAUAAUUGUAUUACUAUGGAAAUAAAUAUGCUUAUGUAUUCAGACAUGUUCCUGUUUCAAUGAAAUAUUGUAUUAAUUAUUUUAUACACACCAUAUACAUGUGUUAAAAAUAAAUUACUGGUACAGUUUA